AUGUUUUUUGUAGUUCCUACUCAUGGAGCAGUUCUCUAUCCAUAUUAGAACUUGAAACUCAGAUUUGCAGUACUUGUAUGCCAAAGUAAAAAUAACUAUGCUGCUAUUAUACCAGUUGUCGAUCAACAAAUCAAUGAGAUUCAAAGAAUUCAAAAGUUUUAGUCGGUUGGGUACUUUAGUGAGACUUACUAGUGA